AUGAAAUAAUAAUAAUAUUAACAAACUUAGAGUAUUCGUGGCUACUCACCUGCUACAGUGCCACCCAAUAUUCAGCAUAAUCACAAUAAUUUGCCUCUUUCAAAUUAGUUUAAUGAAGAAAUUUAACAUAGAAUAAAACUCAAGUAUCAAGAAUUAGGAUUGAAACAGCCCUUGUAUCCACAAUAAACCCAAAUUUUAUCAUCUGAAAAUGGAAUCUACAAUUUCAGAAAAGUGUUCGAUCCUGUAAGAGAUGGUCGACCUGAAUUCCACAUGGACCCAAAGUAUAUGGAUCAGCUCAAAGAUUACAAGAGCAAGUAUUUAGCACCCAGUAGGAACUACGAUCUGCAGUACAGGAAUCCAACCUUGAAUAUUAAGAAUCAUGACUUUUAUUUCUAAGAUUUCUAUAUGAAUCUAUACGAAUAAGACAAAGAGGAGAUCUUUUUUAAUAAAUAUGGCAAGAAGUUUGUUUAUCAAGAAUGA